ACGGGAGCGCGCUCUUACGGAGAAGUUUCAAAAAGGAGAAAAACGCGGGCUUUCUUGCGACCAUGGGCGCGAGUGCGUGAGUUUUAAAAGAUCCCCGAAACGCGCCGGUCGUCAUCUCGAUAGGAUGGCAGUGGUGGCAGCAUCUCCGUGCCAAACGGAGAAACGUACCUCCGAAGUGGUUUUCGAGCUGACCGACGCAGAUGUGGGCAUCUUGUUUGACUGCGCUGCUGGCGUGCGUCCGCAAGCAGUGGGGUGCCACAUACCGGCCGACGUGCCUUACGUCCAGUUGUGCGGACAGCCAGUAUGCCGCACCCACUUUUCCCGCACCCAGCUGACCCGGCUGUUUUGGACAGUAAGGUCAAAGAUUGUUGCUCUGCAAAACGACUCUGGUAUCCACAGGGGCUCACUUGAUUCUGGCGGGGCUGCACAGCUUCACUAUGAAGUGUCCUCAUUUCUCAGCUUCAUCAGGCAUGAAGUUGAAAGGGUCGCAGACAGUGCGUCUACCAGGGCGGCUGAUAGGCCAUCCCACAAUCGGGACACGGAGUGGCUCGACCCUCGCGAGCUUUGCUUUUGUCUUCUGGACGAGCUGAGACUGACUCUACGCCUUACCGGUCGCUUCUCAGACAUUCCGGUGGACAAAAACCACUGCCGAUCAAAUGACAACCGCCGUUUUCACAUUGCACUCGAGGUGUGGUGGACUGCCCUUCGUGUGGCCGACAUCGUCAUGUCCUCCCACUUGCUCAGAGGUGUUGAGAUCUCGUUCUGUGACCUGGGAGGAUUUGGGCAGAAUGCUCUCUUUGCUCAAGUGGCUGUGCUCUUUUUGGCGGACCUGUGCUGCCUGGCAUCCCGGUUUUUCCAGAGCCGAGGUGUUGUGCCACAGGAGAGCGAGAGAGCGUUUCCUUGUACGUGCGUGCGUGACGCCUGGGCCAUGGCAGCCGAUCUCGUUGGUCGAAGGCACGAACACUUUGCCGAAGAGGCAUUUUGGACAUACGUGAACUUUGUGCUCGAAGUGGUCUGUCCGCAGUCCAGCAGGGACCUUGAACUGGACCUCAAUGGCUUCUGCCUGUCUUCGUUUUCCGUGAGUGUGGAAGAAAGUGAGCGAGCUGCCUUCUGUUUGUGGAUGCUCAGUGCUGUUGCUGAGGCCAGCAAGGACACCCUCUGGAGCGCCAAGGGAAAGAGCAACUAUGCCACAGCCCAGAAAUUCGUGAUGGCUGUGACAGCUGAUCCGAAAGAGUCCCUGAUGCGUGUGGCCGUGCGUUCCUGCAUGCGUCUGCACAGGGUGUGGGAGCCAAGCAUUGAUCUCCUGCAGUCGCUGCUGGACUUCUUCCUCAAGAACUUGAAUGACAAUUUUCUUAUUGGCUCAUCUGGAGUUCAGGCAUUCCAAGUAAUUUGCCAAACAAGCCAGCAGAUGCACGUCCGUGCCAGAGCCUUGGUUGAAACGAGUGACCUGGGAGCAAGAGGAGCAGAGAACAGCUACGAGCUCUUCCUCAUGCUGCUGGCCCAGAGUCUGCACAGGCAGUCCCCAGAGGGUGUCACCAGCACAUGGAAGUCGCUACGUGGACGCAUCUGCAGCCGGUUUCACGCCAAGCGGGUGGAAGAGCUGACCGAGCUCGGCCUGCAGAACUGCUCCCUGCUCUUCCUAGUACUGGCCCUCUCCGUCGAUUUGGAAGAACCGGUGGAUCGCCUGCUGUCAGUGCUUGCACUGGUGCCUUCAGAGAGCCCGGUCGAAAAGCUACGAGUGGCCCUGAGGAGCCUGUUUGCGGUGCUCCUUCUGCUGCAGGCAAGCUCGGCCGACCUGUCCAAGGUGGCACAGAGGACAGCCGGAUGGUUCUUCGAGCGCUGCGUGGGCUUGGGGCCGCAGAGUGGGAAUGCCGCCAUUCAGUCGUUGCGGUCCCUGCUGCUACCAGUCUACAUGGAAGGAAUCCGAGAGGUUAUGGACACCAGCUCGCAGCUUGACUGCUCGGAACACGCGCUGCUGGUGCCCGAGAUGGCCUUGCUGCUAGAACAGUGCUCCACGUCCCAGCAAGAGGACAUGCUGGGAACCAUCCACGAGGCGGCAGAAAAGCUGAGGGCCGUCCACAAGCGGGCUCUUUCAAGGAACUUUGAACGAACUGAUGAUGACAGAAAAAUGCUUGCACAGCACAAGGCCUUCAGUGAUGCCAUCUUCAAAAGCACACUGCAGUUCCUGCACAAGGCACUGGCACUGCCUGUCCAGGCUGCAUCCCCGGCCACCUGUUUCACGGACCUUGCUGUGAACAUCACGCUUUUGGCACUUGACCUGCCAUCGUCACAGACGGUUCCAGUGAAGGCCAACUUCGCAAGUCUCUUUGAACACUUUGGAUAUUCGCCUCACACGCAUCCCAGUGCAUCUGGCCGCUUCCUGUGCCUGGUGCUGGAAGACGACCAAGCGUGCUCCGAGCUAGAAUCACGUGUCGCAAACAGCGAUGCCAGGCUCGUCCAAGCCUGGCUCCGUUGCUGCGUCGGUGUGGAGCCACCAAACUCGGAGAUGACUCGGCUCUCACGGAUUGUGCUAGGCCGCAAGGAGUUUGCCAACUACAACAGCUUGGUGGGCACCGUGGUGCCUUCGGACGAGGUGACUGCGCACGACGACCUUGCCGUCCACUUCCUCGACUGCCUGGCUCAGUACGCCGACAUCGUCUGCGCGAUGGAUGGCAUCUCGUCACUGGCUCAGCUGAGGCAGAGCGUUGCCUGCUACCUCAAAGACUUUGUUGCCGUGGCAACGGCUCAGUUGCGGAACACUGCUGCCGCCGCGGCAACGCGCGACAGCCUGGGAAACGUCUACCACCUGUGCGGGCAGCUGUUUCGGCUAUGUGCGGGUCUCAUUUAUACCAGGGGCAUGGCAGAUUGUGUGCUUCCAAGGCUGCUGGACUCCUUGAUCCUGCCUGGUGCAUUGUACGCUGGGAAGCCCAUCCCCCAGGCACAGCUGGCUGCCAUCAAGCAGCACCUGCCUCUGUUCAUCUGCGGACUCCUGUCGCUGAACCCACAGACGGAUGCCUACAUCGAGAGGAAGCUGAAGGACAUCGUAGUCCACUACUUGCCACUGUUCCCAACGCAAACACAGAGCUCCAUCCAUCACACUGGAGAGCACCCGCUUUUGGCAACGCUGGAGAGCUGCGGAGGAGCGUGCCGCGCUGCUGCGGAAAGAAGGGCAGCAUACGUUGGCUUCCUCCUGGACUUUAUUCAAAAGCACUUUGUGGCCAGGAAGACUGUGUCCGGGACUCACCUCAAUCAGGCUCUUCGGUUCCUUCUAGAAUUGCUGAAGCACCUGGCACCCCUGAAAAAAGAAUGCUCAAGUGUUCUGCAGUCAGGAUUGCCGGACCUCCUAAAGAGCCUCAGCAUGCUGAGCGGCAAUGCCAGAACAAACCGCGAGCUUGUGUUACAAGUGACACGCGCCGUGAUGACAUUUUCUUCGGCAAUGGGGGUCCCAAGGUGAAGCAUUUGGUCAAACCUGCAAUACAAGUUGGGCAGUCUCACAUUUGAGGAUUGUUGCAGGCUGUUGACAGCAACACCACAGUGGCUAGAACAUGAAGCAAAAGCGAACAAUGAAAGAGUACACCGAGCAUUGCACAAGAGGAUGAUUAUGUGUCAUAGGAAGUGCUGCGACAAGUUUCUGGAAGCAUGUCAAAAACCAUUAAAAUUAUUUAUUCAUUCUUUGCGAUGUAGUAACUAGUAAGGAAAGCUUAAUCUUUAUGUGAAUGUAUUACUCAGUUGCUGCGCAAUCAACUGCUUGACUUCUCAUUUUAAACAUCUCCAGCCCAGUGUGGACGUUUUUUAAUUUGUGACAGUGCUCAAUACAGAAGUAGGAAAGCUCCUUACACUAGUACACCUUGUGUAGGCACCUUGAAGAUUAACUUUAUUAGGCUUGUGAAAAUAUUCGAGCAGUUCGAAUAUUUAAACGAAUAUUACAGUAUUCGAAUUCGCUUCGAAACGAAUUUAAAUAACAGACAUAUGUAAACCACAUGUAACCCCUUGCAGAGGUGGUUUCACUGCAGCGCAGGGGUGCUAUAUCGUGAACACACUUUUCCAGGGGAAAUCUGCACUGCCGCAAAGCCUCACUUUAAGGUUAAAUGAACAAAUUAGCCUCACAUUGAUUGAUAAUUUGUUAAGUUUAAAAGCUCGUUACACUGGCUUAUAUGCUCUAGGUAUAGUAAAUUUCAAAACGUAACAUAUUUUACAGGUUAUCACUUGCAUUCUACUGAAAGCCAAAUCCUGCUACUAUUCGAAGUUGCUUCCACUUCCCUUUGAACCAAAAAGAAUGACAUUUGCACAUGGCUUGUUUCAAUUAAAAAAAAUAUUGUGCAGGUUAGUUGGGUCAUGACAAGUGCGCUCAUUUUUCUUUAUAAUAUUUGAUAUAUGCAAUUUGAAAUUAUUCGACCAAAUCACUAUAUGCUUCGAACCUAAAAUUUACUAUUCACAAAAGCCUAAACUAUAUACAAAAAUGUGUGAAGUAGUUCUUCUCUAAACACAGUGGACAUAUGUGUGCACUCGUGCAUUUGCAUCCUGUCCCGAGCUACACACGUAAAAUGCAGGAAAACUUCAAAACUUGAAAUUGCCUUUCUAUGUUAUUUUUCAGUACUGCGUUAUAGCUAAUCAUCCUGUCAACCAGCAAGAGACAUUUUGCUUCGUGGAACAUGAUUUCGAGGACUGUUUAGUUCUCUUCGAUGUUGAGGAUGUGUUGCUACAGGUCCAUCUUCCUGAAUUCUGGGAGUGCCGGCACUUCAAGAACUGUGCAGUACUAUGAUGCAAGAACUCUGCUGUACAGAUUUAGGCUUGCUGCAGUGUAUGUACAAUGCUCACGGAACUAGGUGCAUAAAUUUAGGGCAAACAGAUUUUCAUACCUUGCUUUCCAGCUUCUGCAGUUUGUGUCACAUUGGCAUAAUGUUGCUGCACACUU